UCGUUUUUAAACCGCAGUUUAUGUAUAAUUAUGGGUUAAUAUUUAUGGUGUGUAUAGUAUUAAAGAUCUAGCUAGCUAGCUAUUAAAAGAUGAACGCCAGUGUUGAGAGCCUGGUUCUUAUCAAGUACUAUGACAAGCUUCAGACAAUGAUCCAAGGAGAAAUUGUAUCAAUGUCCACUAAAGCACUGUCACAACAUCUGCUGUCCUCUGGAGAACACUCCAAGUGCAUUCACAUGAUCUACACUAAUGAGCAAAAGGCAAUGUUCUUCAUGCAGGCUAUAAAGAACAGAGUAGACGUUGACUCUGCUUGUUUUGGGACCUUCUUGGGGGUACUCAAACAAGAGCCAUCGUACAAAUUCAUGACGGACAAGUUAGAGAAGGAAGUUGAAGAAAGGAAAAACAAGCGUCCUGGGUCUGAAACUGGUGCCGAUUACAGUCCACAACCAAGCAUUGGUGCUACAAUCAAUGCUGAUGGUGGUGAUAGUGACGACUUUCUGUCAGUGGAUAACACGACUGUGCUGGAUAACGAAGAUUGUUUUGAUGUGGUAGAAGAGGUAUCCGAUUUGGCUGUCAGGUUCAUUCAACUUGGUAAAGCUCUUCGUCUUGUAAAAGCUGAUAUGGACAUUAUCCAGAGCAAGCAUAAGGAUGAACCGAAGGCAGGGCUAUAUGCAGUAAUAGAAACAUGGUUGCAACACAAUCAUGCUAUUUCUAAACAUGGAGUACCGACCUGGAGGGUGUUGGUAAAGGCAGUCGCUCAUCCAUAUGGUGGAUCCAAUUGUGCCUUAGCUAGAAAAAUUGCUGCAAACCAUCUUUCCAGUGUUGGCCAGGCCUCUAGCUGAUUGUACAUAAUUUUUUUCUGUAUAACAACGUAGAAUUUUAUAUGCAUUUACAUUGUA